AGUAAAUCCAAUAUUCCAUGUCAGCACUGGAAAGCGGAAGAUAAGAAACCAAUCACCACACUCACUCCUCUAUUCUUUCUUCUUCGCCCCAACAUCUCAAUAAGGAAAUGGUGCUCUGUCACACUUUAGCAGCGCACCCAACGUAUAGCGCGCCCUUCUCCGCCACCCCGCGCUCUUCAUCUCUCAAGUUUCUGCUCCCAUGUCUCUCUGCUCCUUCUCUAAGGUCGUCAAGACGAUGCCACAGGCUUCGCCUGAGAGUCAUUGCGAGUGUAGCAACUCUGGACUCCGGAAAUGGAAGCGCCGUUGCUUUGCCUGAAAAGCCGGCUUCUGACAAUUCGUCUUUCGGCAGGAAGUACUUCCCUUUAGCUGCCGUAGUCGGACAGGAUGCCAUCAAAACUGCUCUUCUACUUGGGGCUAUUGACCGUGAGAUAGGAGGAAUUGCAAUAUCUGGAAAACGUGGGACUGCGAAAACUGUGAUGGCUCGUGGAUUGCAUGCAAUUCUGCCUCCAAUUGAAAUAGUUAAAGGCUCAAUUGCAAAUGCCCAUCCUGACUCUCCAGAAGAGUGGGAAGAUGAACUUGCUGAUAGAGUGGAGUAUGACUCUGCUGGGAAUAUCAAGACCGAGAUAGUUAAAUCACCUUUUAUUCAGAUUCCCCUCGGUGUUACUGAAGAUAGAUUGAUUGGAUCUGUUGAUGUCGAGGAGUCUGUGAAAUCUGGAACAACUGUUUUUCAACCUGGACUUCUGGCAGAAGCUCAUCGAGGAGUUUUAUAUGUUGACGAGAUCAAUCUACUGGACGAAGGCAUUGGCAAUUUACUUCUGAAUGUGUUGACAGAAGGAGUUAAUAUUGUUGAAAGAGAAGGCAUAAGCUUUCGACAUCCAUGCAAACCUUUGUUAAUAGCUACAUAUAACCCUGAAGAGGGUGCUGUCCGUGAACAUCUAUUGGAUCGCAUUGCAAUUAAUUUGAGUGCAGAUCUUCCAAUGAGUUUUGAAAACCGUGUUGCAGCAGUAGACAUAGCAACACAGUUUCAGGAACAUAGUGAUGAAGUUCUUAAGACAGUGGAUGAAGAAACAGAUUUUGCCAAGACACAGAUCAUAUUGGCUAGGGAAUAUCUAAAGGAUGUUACAAUUGGCCGAGAGCAGCUAAAGUACUUGGUUAUGGAAGCUGUACGUGGUGGUUGCCAGGGACACAGAGCUGAACUAUAUGCUGCUCGUGUUGCUAAAUGCUUAGCUGCUCUCGAGGGCCGUGACAAAGUCAAUGUCGAUGACCUGAAGAAAGCUGUGGAAUUGGUCAUCAUUCCACGGACAAUUAUUAAUGAAAGCCCACCUGAGCAGCAAAAUCAACAGUCACCUCCCCCUCCCCCUCCUCCUCCACAAAAUCAGGAUUCUUCGGAAGAGCAGAACGAAGAGGAAGAGGAAGAUAAAAAGGAAGACAAAGAUGCGGAAAAUGAGCAGCAACAGGAACAAAUACCCGAUGAGUUUAUUUUUGAUGCGGAAGGUGGUUUGGUGGAUGACAAGCUUCUCUUCUUUGCACAACAAGCACAGAGGCGUAAAGGAAAAGCUGGGCGAGCUAAAAAUGUUAUUUUCUCUGAAGAUAGAGGUCGAUAUAUUAAGCCAAUGCUUCCUAAGGGUCCAGUUAAGAGAUUAGCUGUAGAUGCAACUCUAAGAGCAGCUGCACCGUAUCAGAAGCUACGUAGAGAGAAGGACAUUCAUAAAACUAGAAAAGUGUUUGUAGAGAAAACCGACAUGAGAGCAAAAAGAAUGGCACGCAAAGCGGGGGCCUUGGUGAUAUUUGUGGUUGAUGCAAGUGGAAGUAUGGCAUUGAACAGGAUGCAGAAUGCAAAGGGAGCAGCAUUAAAACUACUUGCAGAAAGUUAUACAAGUAGAGAUCAGGUUUGCAUCAUUCCAUUCAGAGGAGAUGCUGCAGAAGUUCUGUUGCCCCCUUCAAGGUCAAUCUCAAUGGCAAGAAAGCGUCUUGAGAGACUUCCCUGUGGUGGGGGUUCUCCCCUUGCGCAUGGACUCACUACGGCAGUUAGAGUAGGGAUGAACGCAGAGAAGAGUGGCGAUGUUGGGCGAAUAAUGAUUGUUGCAAUUACUGAUGGUCGAGCCAACAUAUCUCUUAAGAGAUCCACGGAUUCAACAACCUCUUCUGAUGCACCACCACCACCCAGACCCUCUGCUCAAGAGUUGAAGGAUGAGAUUCUUGAGGUGGCUGGUAAGAUAUACAAAGCAGGGAUGUCCCUCCUAGUUAUUGAUACUGAGAACAAAUUUGUGUCCACUGGCUUUGCCAAAGAAAUUGCAAAAGUUUCUCAAGGGAAGUAUUAUUAUUUGCCGAAUGCUUCAGACGCUGUUAUCUCUGCCACAACAAAGGAGG